CCUCCUUCCUCCUGACCAGACGAGCACUCCAUUGCUUCUACAGACUUCGGCCUCCGCUCUCUCUAGCUGUCCAUCGGGACUCUACCAGGACGCCGCUACCAAGUUGUUCGCGCACGAUGACUACUGCUCCAGGACAGCCGCGGAAAGAUUCGCACGGAAAUAGCGGGGUCGCGCGCACUCGCACAGGAGACAUCGUGGUGGAGAAACGGAAGGAGGCAAAGUGGACGGACGCGCCCCCCGCCCAUCACGCCAACAGGAGCGCGACAUACUUCCGGAACCCUUGGCCAUCGUUCAGGUUCUUGCCGCCGUCACGCUGGCUCAAGGCCUUCUUGGCAGCACCUUGGACCGUGCCCAAAAUACCCCCCGACCUCUCCGCACAAAUUCCGUCUCAGGUACCGGAUUGGGGCGCUGGCAGCGCACCUGACAGCGUCAAAGCAACGUGGCUGGGCCAUGCAUGCUUCUUGGUCGAACUGCCGACUCCAGAGGGUGCUGUGAGAGGCCCGAGAAUAUUGUUCGACCCUGUACUGUCCCACCGCUGUUCGCCGUUUACAUGGGCGGGUCCAGAGAGGUUGCUUCCGACACCUUGCUUGGCUGAGGAUUUGCCAGAGGUUGAUGCAGUCGUGAUCUCGCACAACCACUAUGAUCACAUGGACGCAGCCACGCUCAAGACGGCCUGGGCGCGGUCCCAGCCGCACUUCUUCGCGCCGCUCGGGAACAUGCCGCACUUCGCCGCCUUAGGCAUACUCCCCUCGCACGUCCACCUCCUCGACUGGUGGGAAGAGGCCGCUGUCUCUGUCACCUUCCCUACAAAUCCCUCCUCCCUACCUCCUCAACAGCGGGAGAAGAGCGCGGGGGUGCACGCGUCCUUCGUCCUCACCUGCACGCCCGCCCAACACACCGCGGGCCGGACCGCGUUCGACCGCUGGCACACACUCUGGGCGUCCUGGGCCGUCUCCGAGGAUCCCCUUACUCCUCUCGAAGGGCGGGAGCCGAAACAGGUGUACUUCGCGGGUGACACGGGCUACCGCACGGUCCUCGUCGGGGAAGACGAAGGGGAGGUACCGCGCUGCCCUGCGUUCAAAGAGAUCGGCGAGAAGUUUGGGGGGUUCGACCUGGCGCUGUUGCCGAUCGGGGCGUAUGCGCCCCGGGAUAUGUGGAGUGGCCUGCACGCGAGCCCCGGGGACGCGGUGCUGAUGUUCAAGGACGUGAGGGCGAGGAGGGGAGUGGGAAUGCAUUGGGGGACAUGGACUUUGACAAGUGAGCCGAUCAUGGAGCCUCCGGAGUUGUUGAAGGCGUCCGUUGCGGAAGCGGGAUUGGCACCUAAUGCGCUCACGGUGUGCGCGUUAGGGGAGACGACUGUCGUAUAGAAUAACCCUUUAGUUUCCUACAUUAUAAUACAGUAUUCUUCCCGGGAUGCGUCGCGUUCUUCGAUGUGAUAAUGAUGCUGGAAAGUGUUCCAGGGCAUUAAUUGGCUGUGCAUAGUCGGUGGUAUGACCUCUCCUGCUGUGAUGUUCCGUUGGAGCUCAAGCCCUCUGGUCCCAAGCCUCAAGGCCGUAUCGACACUGUAGAAGGCGCUGGAUGCUGCC